CUUGCGAGAGGACCACUCCUUUUGGCUCUUUGGCCCAAAAUCUUCUCGACCACGGCCACGUUGCCCUUCCGGGCAGCCUCCAACAGUUCCUGGUCUUUGCCCAUGGCCCUUCGACGAGCCUCCUGUUCAUUUACCAGUCAUAUUUACCACGUAUCUUGCAAUACACUACUAUACGCACUCCCGUACUACGGAUUCAUUGAUCGCAGACAGCCAUGUUUGCACUGUCGCGCCCCUGGCGGUUACUAGCUCAAUCAAUUCACGUUCAUCUUUUGUCGUUCAUGGUUUUUCGAGCGGCGUUGCCUCGUCUCGGUUUUAUCCCAGCUAAAGGGAUUCAAGGGAUUGAUGAAUGUAUAAGAAAUUAAAUAGAUAUGUUUGUUGUUAUAAAACGUUUAGUUAAUUUUGUAUGUUUAUAAAUUAUUGGUUUCUUCGAUUGAUAUGUUUCUAAUUCAUUGAUAAAUUUUUAUGAAUGGGUCGAUGUGGCAACGAUGUUUAGUUUACGCAGUUUCGGGAGGUAGUGGUUCGUUUUAAUUCUGUAGUUUUUGUUUGGUUAAUUCAUGAUUUAUCGUAUCAUUAAGUAUAUAAAAUGUAAUCAAACGAUUAUUUUUGAUUUUUUUCUUAUUUAGUUUUUGCUAUCUUCGGUUUAAACAAAGUUGACAUGAAUCCAUUAUUUACUUUAGUAUGCUUUACUUCUAUUCUAUUCGCUGAUAGCGCUACUAUCAACAUCGACUUGUCCACGUUCCAUCCCGGUGAUGAAAAUUCCAACGUACUGAAGCAUUAUUACAAUAUAACGGAUAGAAUUACGGCGAUUAACGUAGCGCGUAUAGCCGAUGACGUUGGAUUCUUCGUAAUACAAGCGCACACUUUCAUUGAAAACGUAACCCUAUCUAAUAGCACUCAACCUGUUGAGGGAAGCUCCUCGACUGGCACUAAUAUCGGUUUAGUUUGGCUGGCGAAAGAACAAAAAUGGGAACCCUUCGCUAGGUUUUAUUUGACGAGAAACGCGCCAAUCGACAAUUCAAUUCGAUUGCUGUUGGUUAUCAAUGUGUAUGAUGAACGUGAUCCAGUACCAGGCGGUUGCAACCUUUCGUUUGAAACCGACAUAGCGCCGUAUCAAAUAGCCGAAUACACCGAUGACGUUAUAAUAGUGAAGAGUCAACCGCCUUCGGUCGAUGGAUCGGGACGGUGCGAUGACAAGAAAGUACAAGUGGACUUGUACCAUCUCUACCUGGGCGAGCGCGACAAUACGAUAGAGAGUUAUUUCGACAAUAUAGAGAAAAUGUUGAGCGUUCGAGAUAUCAUGGGGCACGGAACGAUGGUGCCUGAUGUGGACGUCAAGCGCAAGUAUUCGAGGAUGUAUAGUUCCUAUAGGGGUACUGGUGAAGUUUUCGCUGUGAUUUCUAAGUUCGGUAACGGCACGUCUGCCUACGUGCCGGCCGUUUCGUAUGGCUGUGAUUUGACCAAAUGGCAAGAUAGUUGCCUUGCACCAGUUGCACUUCAUUGGAAGUUCUUCUGCGCUUUCGUAUUGUUUUUCGGACUGUUCAUAUGCUUCUUCGGACAUCGAUUUUUUAAGUUCACUUUGUACAUCAUAAGUUUCUCGUUCGGUUUGCUGGUCACUUACCUGGUGAUAUCCAUGGAGGAGCAUUUUUCUUUUACCGAGAAAACCGUUACUGCUUUUACAGUGGGGUUCAUAUACGGCAUCAUUUGGCUGCUAAUUUGGCGUAGAUUCGGCAUUCCAAUCCUCACCGUUACUCUGGCUUUUAUUAUGUUCGGAUUUUUAGUAGCGUCUUUGCUGUUUAAUACGAUAUUAGUCGAUAUCCACGUACUCACCAAUCCGGUUAACUUUUGGCUGGCUUUUACCAGCACGAUUCUGUUGUGUAUCAUUGUAUCCAUGGUGAAUAUGCUGUAUGGUCAUAUUUCCUCCAUAAGCUGCCUAGGGGCUUAUGGUGCUGUGGCUUCGUUUUGCUUCUACGUUGGAGGAAAUUUGCCUUACGUUUUUAUUAACACCUACAGAAGGGUUGCUGUGAAGGAUUUCAGCAUGGCUGUGGUAGAUCCUCCGAUGGGCGUGAUCGAUGCGAUGCAAAUUAUUUUGUGGGUUUUGAUGAUGACCUUCGGAAUUUAUGUGCAGAGGCGUCACCAGAUGGGUAAACCACCUUUUCCUCCGAAUAGAAAUGCUUCAUCAGAAGAUGGACCGAUGAACGAGACCUCGGAAACAGCGCCGCUUUUAUAUCCUGAUUAUCCUGAUUAUGUACGAUCUCCCAAUUAUUCUACUCAUGGUAACUACUACAUGUAUUCACACACCGGAUGAUUAAGUUAAAUAGUAUCAAUCCUAUUGGAAUUUAUACUGGGGGUGUUAAAGUUUUUGUUGCAUUUUCAAGAGCUUUGUAUCAAUAAAUAAUAUUUUUUACUA